GAGAGAGGGCGAGCGCUGGUUCUGAUGAAAGAGCUCAGUAAGUUGGGCUGAAUUUCAUAAGCCGGGUUGACCAUCUCUCCACAUGCGCUGACACGACCUCAGAUAUCACACACAGCCCGUCGGACGGCGGAGGGAGCGUUUACUUGGCAGCAUUUGACACAUUGUGAAUACACACAAGAGAAGAGGGGGAGGAUGUUGCUGAAGGAGUACAGGAUAUGCAUGCCCCUCACAGUGGAGGAGUACCAGAUUGGGCAGCUGUAUAUGAUCAGUAAACACAGCCAUGAGCAAAGUGAUCGAGGGGAAGGGGUGGAAGUCGUCCAGAAUGAACCCUACGAAGACCCAACACAUGGCCAAGGGCAGUUCACAGAGAAACGAGUCUACCUCAACAGUAAAUUACCCAGCUGGGCUCGAGCAGUGGUUCCUAAAAUCUUCUACGUGACUGAGAAGGCAUGGAACUAUUACCCUUACACCAUAACAGGUGAGAAUUGCUCAUUCCUGCCCAAGUUCUCCAUCCACAUAGAGACAAAAUACGAGGACAACAAAGGAUGCAAUGAUAAUAUCUUUGACAAUGAGCUGAAGGAGCAGGAGAGGGAGGUGUGUUUCAUCGACAUUGCCUACGACGAGAUCCCUGACCGCUACUAUAAGGAGUCUGAGGACUUGAGAUAUUUCAAGUCGGAGAAGACGUCAAGGGGCAUGCUUCAGGAGGGGUGGAGGGACACCCAGGAUCCCAUCAUGUGCUCAUACAAACUGGUCACUGUCAAGUUUGAGGUGUGGGGUCUGCAGACACGUGUGGAGCAGUUUGUACAUAAGGUGGUUCGGGAUGUGCUGCUGCUGGGACACAGGCAGGCAUUUGCCUGGGUGGAUGAAUGGAUUGACAUGACAAUGGAUGAAGUGAGAGAAUUUGAGCGUGCAAUCCAGGAGGCCACCAACCAGAAGAUUGGGAUGUUUCCACCAUCAAUCUCCAUCAGUGAGAAGCCCCUGUCCUCCUGUGCCCUCACUGGCCCUGCCAGCGCCCCCUCCACCCCCAUGUGCACUGAUGCGCCUGAGUCCCUCUCUGUCCCCAAGGACCGACCCCGCAAAAAGUCUGCUCCUGAAACCCUAACCCUACCUGACCCAACCCCAAGUGGGGUACCCCAGAGCUCUACUCUGACCCCUCUACCUGUUUCAAAUCACCUCGAGUCAUCCACACCAACCUCCUCCAACUCUGAUCUUGCUGAGAUGGGAGAACAGUAGAGGAACCUUGGAAUGUCUUCCCCCACCCUUUGCUUUACUUAUGUACCCUACCCCGAUGUCUUAGUAGCCCAAUGAGACUAGUCUAACCUCCAAGCACCAGUGCCCAGGCGUUCAAGUUCUCUAGCCAUAUCCAGUGAUAUAGUCCUGCCAUAAUCCUGGACACACAACAAUAACUCUACAACUUUUCAUCAGUGUCAUUGAUACCACCCAGGCAGCUGUAGGCUUAGCCACUCGUGGCUGACUUGUCUUAUUAAGACAAAGAGCAUCGAUAAUUAUUUUUGUUGAGUUGCAGUCCCUUAUGUUACAUGAAUAAAUCAUUUUCAGUG